UCACUUUCCCGGCGCUGGGUGACAUUGAGCUCGCCCGCGCCACCGCUGGCUUUGGGGCACUGUGCUGGUCGGCGGAGUAGGCGGCCAUGGGGAGCCUCCGCGGCCUGCGCCUGGUGGCUGGAAGAUGUCUUAGGUCAUGUGAAAGAGAUGCUUUCUCAUCUUUAAGGCUUACCAGAAACUCUGAUUUGAAGAGAACAAAUGGAUUUUGCAGCAAACCCCAGGAAAGUCCAAAGCCUCCAACCCACACUUACAGCCACAGAGUGCCACUGCACAAGCCUACGGACUGGGAGAAGAAGAUUCUAAUAUGGUCAGGUCGCUUCAAAAAGGAAGAUGACAUUCCAGAGACUGUCUCGUGAGUGCUGAAGUUAGGGUUGUAAGCAGCUUCU